AGCGCGAGCGCGUCCGACGUGUCCUUGGAAACUCCAAGUGCCUCACGCGCGCUGCAGCGGGUCAGGGGUUCAGACCUAACGCGCAGAGCCCGUGAAAGAGUGAUGGAGGCUGAGGUUCGAGAUCGCCAUGAAUGACAAAUACCACAAGGCAGCUCGGGAUGGCUACCUUGACUUGCUGAAAGAAGCGACGCGGAGGGACCUGAACGCCCCGGAUGAAGAUGGCAUGACACCGACUCUAUGGGCCGCUUACCACGGCAACCUGGAGGCGCUGCGGCUGAUUGUAGGGAGAGGGGGGAACCCAGAUAAGUGUGACAUAUGGGGGAACACGCCACUCCACCUGGCUGCCUCCAAUGGCCAUCUCAACUGCCUGUCCUUCCUGGUGUCGUUUGGUGCCAAUGUGUGGUGCCUGGACAACGAUUACCACACGCCUCUGGACAUGGCUGCCACCAAGAACCACAUGGCUUGCGUGCGCUAUCUAGACUCCAUCGCUGCCAAGCAGACAACCCUCAACCCCAAGCUAGUAAGCAAACUGAAGGACCGGGCUUUCCGUGAUGCUGAACGCCGCAUCAAGGAUUGUGUUAAACUGCAGCAAAAGCACCGGAGGCGUAUGGAGCGUAAAUUUCAGAGAGACACAAUGGAAGCAUCGGUCUCUGAUGCCAUGAGCUUCUCCAGCUACGCCAGCAGCACCUUGAGUCACAAGUUACACCACUUCAACACUGCCACUAAUGUGCCAUACUCCCAGGCUACUCUCCAUGCCACAGCCAGGGGCAAAACUAAGAUCCAGAAGAAGCUUGAGAAGAAGAAGCAAGGUGACGGGACAUUCAAGAUUUACGAAGAUGGCAGGAAGAGUGUCCGCUCUUUGUCUGGCCUACAACUAGGCAAUGAUGUCAUGUUUCUGAAGCAGGGAACGUACGUCAACCCUAAGGAUCGGACUCGUCGUAACAUCCGUGAUAUGUUCCGUAAUGACAACGAGGAUGCUGUCUCACGUGCCAUCAGUGAACCCGACUUGCACGGCCAUGAUGUAGAUUACUCAGAGAUCAGCACAGACUCGGGCCAUGACUCGCUCUUCAACCGGCCCGGCCUGGGCACCAUGGUUUUUCGUCGCAACUAUGUGAGCGGUGGACUUUUUGGCAUUGGUAGCAGAGAUGAAGGCAGUCUAGCAAGCAGCCAACGGGUUGAUAACGUGCGCCUCCGCAGCCGGAUGCAUCGCGAGCCCGGCCUGGAUGAUGAUAGCAUCGGAAGCGCCCAUAGCCUGCAAGAGAGGAACAUACAGGAGCUGCCAUGGGAAGAGGUGGAGUUGGGGCUGGAUGACGAUGAUGAGCCUGACACUAGCCCUCUGGAAGUGUUCCUAGCCACACAAAACAUGAACGAGUUUAUUCCUAUCUUCAAACGGGAAAAGAUUGACCUGGAUGCCCUGUUGCUGUGCUCAGAUGAUGACCUCAAGAGCAUUCACAUCCCCUUGGGGCCUCGCAAGAAGAUCAUAGACAGCUGCCAGCACCGAUUGGAAACCAUGGAGGAGCCAGGCUGCAUAGAAGACACUGAGUUGUGAGGUUCUGCCCUUAAUGUCUGUUUUUACCUCAGUGAAUGCUGAAGAAAAAGUGUUUACAGAACUGUUGGUCCAUUAUUCUUUGAAGAUGGUAAUGUACUUCAUCAGCAUUUGGCCAGUGGACCAGAUAUGCUAAAGGAGUGUCAAGUCCUGCUCCUGGAGGGCCACUUUAUCUCUAGAAGUUUCUCCUGAUCCUGGAGACCUUGAUUAGCUGGUUCAGGUGUGUUUAAUUGGAAUCAACAAAAUGAAAACAAUCUGUGUGGUAUGUAGAGAGUCUCUUGUAAUAUUUUUUUUAAUAGAGAGAUUUAUAGAGGAACAUUGAAAUAGCUGAAAUUUAUAUCUCUGUAACAACUGGCUAUAUUACCUCUUUAACUGACACAAACAAUGCAUUAUGCAUAAAAAUGGUAAUUCAGUUCAAAAUGAAUGGUUGUCAUGUGGCAAAUUCAGAGAGUGAAAAUGAGGUCACAUCUCAUUACACACACUCUUAGGCUCA